AUGGCGCCGGGCUCCCAAAAGAAGGAGAAGGGCGUGGAGGAGGUCGACCCGACGGCGAGGCUCACCGACGACAUCCUCGUGGACAUCAUCUCGCGCGUGCCGUACAAGUCGACAUGCUGUUGCAAGUGCGUCUCCCCGCGGUGGCGCGACCUCAUAUCCCACCGCGACCACCGAGAGAAGAUGCCGCAGUCCAUCCUCGGCUUCUUCUACCAAGGUUACAACAAAUUCCGCUUCCCCAAGAAGGCUCGUUACUUUACCAAUCUGUCACGGCAACGCUAUCCUCUCGUAGACCCCUCGCUGUCAUUCCUGCCCAACCAUCACAGUCACAGCCUUGACAUCUUGGAUGGCUGCAAUGGCCUCCUUCUCUGCCGCUGCUGGAAGGCCACUGAUCCCAAGACAUUGGAUUAUGUGGUGUGCAAUCCGGACACUGACGAAUGGUUGGUGGUGCCUGCCACUGAAUCCUCCAGCAAGGUCAGUGUUGCUCGCCUGGGGUUCGACCCGGCCGUUUCUUCCCACUUCCAUGUCUUCGAGUUCAUAGAUGAGGAGGCAUGGGGUAUAGACGAAGACGAGCGAAAUGAUUAUUGCUUUGGACGCAUUGAAACAUUGGCGAUUUAUUCGUCCAAAGAUGGAGCUUGGAAAUAUCAAACAGUUGAGUGUGAUCCAUUUGUGUUACCCAGGAAUUCAGUAAGCGCAUUUUUAAAUGGGAUCUUGCAUUUGGCUGACUUCCAUAAUUUUAUAGUAGCUGUUGACGUGGAAGGAGAUAAUUGGUGGUACAUUGGUAUUCCUAAGCUACCAUACAAUGAUGCUGAUAUCAAUGAUGUAUUUCCAUCACAGGGACAGUUGUAUUUUGCAAAUAGUACUACUGGUUCUGAACUAUCCGUAUGGGUUCUUGAGGACUACGUUACUAGAAAAUGGACUUUGAAGCAUAGUGUCAGCCUCUUGCAGUUGUUUGGAACAGAGUAUUAUUCGUAUGCGGAUGAUUAUCGUGUUAUUUCAAUCCACCCAGAACACAAUCUGAUUUUCAUAGUCGCUGGAGACAAGAAGAUUCUAAUGUCAUAUGAUAUGGAUUCUAUGCAGCUGUGUUUUAUACGUCAGCUUGGAUCUGAUUGUGGAGUUAAAUUGCUUGGUUACAGUGACAAUGCUCCUUUUUAUCCACAUGUUCCCUUGUUCUCACUGUCAUUAGCAGACGGGCACUAA